CGGCUUCCAGCCCGGAGAGCAGCAGCUGCUCCUCCGUCAGACGUGACGUCGCUGCUCCCCCGCUGAAAAACUUCACUCGGACAAAGUUUUCUAUGAAGAGAACAAACAGCGAGCCCUAAAGUACUCUCUGUGACCAGGAGCCUCGGCAUGUGCGGACAUUUGAACUUCAACAUUGCAUCCCGCCGUCGAAAUGUUCAUACAGUGGUUUCGUUUCAUCGACUCCGUGGCUGUUGUGGCGACUAUUUGUGCAACAGUGUUGCUGGCGAAAAGCUGCAUGUGUGUCACUGAGAAGGACGAUGAGGUCCUGGAGAAAAAUCAGCUCGAGGACUUUUACAAAAAGGGUCUGUUCAUCCUGGAGAGCGAGCCGCUGAAGCGCUGCAUCAAAGCCGACCGCUCUAACCUGGUGAUAGAGGACUGCGAGCGGCCCACGCGUAGCAUGCUCUGGAAGUGGGUCUCCCAACAUCGCCUCUUCAAUCUGGGCACCAGCAUGUGCCUGGGCCUGAACAUGUCAGACACCACGCAGCCUCUCGGCAUGUUCGAGUGUGACCUCAGCGUCCCCGUGCUGUGGUGGCGCUGCACCAGGAACGCUUUGAAAGGGGCUCUUCAUUGGAAGGUGGCUGUGACCGGACGUCUGGUGGUGGUAAAGAAAAACUCAUAUCAUUUCUGGAAACGGUACGGCACCCCCAAAGAGGGGCCCUGCUCACGCCCAUAUGAAGAAAUCCACACUUUGCUGGGAAAUGCACAUGGCAUGCCCUGCGCUUUACCCUUUAAAUACAACAACAAGUGGUAUCAUGAGUGCACGACCGAGGGGCGCGAAGACCAUCUUCCGUGGUGUUCUACGACCACUCGCUACGACGAGGCGGAAAGAUGGGGCUUCUGUCCUGUUCAAGAUUUCAGUUGUGAGCGUUUCUGGGAGUCAAACCAGGAGCUGCGGGCCUGUUACCAGUUUAACCUGUACACCAUCCUCACAUGGAGUCAGGCUCUGUCUACCUGCCAGGCUCAGGGGGGAAAUCUGCUCAGCAUAACCAGCCUGGCAGAGCAAAGGUACAUCAGAGAUCGACUUGCAAGUGUUGGAGCGAUGGUGUGGAUUGGACUGAACCAUCUGAAAGGUGCACAGGGGUGGCAGUGGUCUGAUGGAGCCCCUCUCUCAUUGGUUAAUUUCACCACAGCUCUGCCUGCAAGCCCGCUGAAGGACAACAAACAGUGCGGCGUUUACAACUCGGCCUACGAGGGUCACUGGCAGAGUCUGUCCUGUGAGUCUGCUCUGCCGUACAUCUGUAAGAAGACACCCAACGACACCCUCAGAGCUGAGCCACUUGGAAACUGGCAGUAUAUCAACACAGAGUGUGCUGAUGGCUGGUGGCCUCAUAAUGGUUUCUGCUACCAGCUGCUGACAGAAACAGAAGCAGGGAGCUGGGAGGAGUCAGCCCGGGCCUGUGGCUCUCAGGGGGCAAACCUCACCAGCAUCCGAACCCUGUCCGAGCUUGAAAUGCUGCUAGGCCUCCUCGCUAACUAUUCCGGGGAGAGUACAGAGGUGUGGAUCGGCCUUUGGAAACAGGCAUCGUCGCCGACUGUAGAGUGGUCUGAUGGCUCCCCAGUUACUCUCACUCUCUGGCACCAGUAUCACCCUCCUCACAACCUGUCGGAUGCAACACUCUGUGCCAAAGCUGACCGAAAGGAAGGUACCUGGCUGUUAGCAUCAUGUGCCGAGCGGCUGCCCGCUGUGUGUCGAGGAGAAAGCCAGAGUCCAGCUCUUCAUCCCGGAACCUGGGACGAGGGUUGUCCUGAGGGCUGGAAGCGGCACGGUCACUCCUGCUACACAGUGACGAGCCAUGAGCAGAGCUUUGACGACGCAACGAAUGAAUACUACUGCCAGGCUCCUCUUCUUACAAUAGAGAACAGGUUUGAGCAGGCGUUUGUGAACAGUUUGCUGACUGCGAAUGGUGCAGACAACGGCAAGUACUACUGGAUCCGCCUGGUGGACUUAGUCAAAGGGGGAGAGUACAGUUGGAUUCCUCACAACAACACUUAUAUCAAUGUCACCUUCACUAACUGGAACAAACACCAACCAGUCAGCGCUGAAGGCUGUGUUGCAAUGUCAGGUGGCUCUGCUUUGGGUAAGUGGGAGGUGAAAGACUGCAAGUCCCAUAAGGCCUUCUCCGUUUGCAAGCAGAACAUCAAUACUUACCACAGUGUCGCGCUGCCAGAGCACCACAUCGACGCCUUCGCCCCCUGUCCUCCAGGGUGGGAAUCGCACUCUGGGCUGUACGACUGUUUUAAGGUGUUCCACGAUGAGAAAGUCCUGAUGAAGCGUUCAUGGGUGGAGGCAGACUUCUUCUGUCAGGCCCUCGGGGCGCGGCUGGCCAGUUUCUACCACUAUGAGGAGCAGGUGUUUGUUAAGCAGCUCCUCAGUACCAUGUUCGAAGGAACUGAGGCUCGCUGGUUCUGGGUGGGUUUAAAUAAGAGAAACCCUGAGGACCCUGGAGUCUGGGAGUGGUCCGAUGGUACCCCUGUGAUGACGUCGUUCAUAGAGGAUAAGAACGAUGAGGAUGACAGGAGGGACUGUGCUCUGUACAGUGACCUCACCAACGCGCUCGUGCCGCAGCCCUGUGAUGCCAAACACGAGUGGGUCUGCGAGGUGGCCAGAGGUUAUGAACUGAUCAAACCCUAUUGGUACACUGAGCAGAGCGAGCCCUGGGUGUUUUACCGCGGAGCUGAGUACCUGCUGGCGAAGCAGCCCUUCGACUGGGAGGCUGUCUCUCUGGCCUGUCAGAUGAUGGGAGCGUACCUGCUGUCCGUACACUCCAGAGAGGAGCUGCACUUCAUCAAGGAGCGAUUGAAGCGGCUCUCCCUGGGCCCGACCGACUGGUGGAUCGGCCUGUCCAUCCCGCAGCCUGGAGAGGAUGUCAGGUGGAGCGACCAUACCAGCGUCGACUUUCAGAACUGGGCAGAUGGAAGUGACCCCAGGAAAAACGGGAUGUGUGUCACUAUGUCGUCUUCAACAGGGAAGUGGUCGGCCAGUAGAUGCAGCGAUCUCCACGGCUAUGUGUGCAAGAGAAAGACUGUGUCUGUGGUGGAGUCUCCCAGGGAGCCGCACUACAUUGGAGGAUGUCCAGAGAAGUGGCUCUACUUUGGACACAAGUGUCUCCUGCUACACCUUGUUGAUAACCCAAAGGAGGGAAAGAGUUGGAAGGAUGCCCUGUCCAUCUGCUCGUCAUUCGAAGGCACACUUGUCGCUAUAGAAGACGAGAUCGAACAAGCCUACAUCACCAUGUUGCUGCAAGGAAGCUCUGUGGGUGUGUGGAUUGGUCUGGGGGAUGAGUACACAAUGAGAUGGACCAAUGGGAAACUCGUGAGCUACACCAACUGGUCUCCGAUUGAACCGAAGAGUUAUAUCACCGAGGAUGACUGGCUCAGUGGAUUCCUCGGUGAGCCGUUGUGUACUGUUCUGUCCAACAAUCACAACUUCCACCUGACAGGAAAGUGGUACGAUGAAAGGUGCAGCGAGAGUGGGUAUGGAUUUGUUUGUCAAAAACCUCAAGAUACAUCCAAACCCCCCACCCACUCCUAUCAGUUGCCUCUCCCUGACAAUAUUGAGUACAGAAGCCGCAGCUACAAGGUUGUGUCUGGCAACAUGAGCUGGUACGACGCCAUGCAUAUGUGCAUAGAGAAUGAUUCUGACCUAGUGAGCAUUACAGAUGCAUACCACCAGGCUUUCCUUACUGUCCUUGUCAAUAGAUUGGCAGUCCCCCACUGGAUCGGACUCUACAGUCAAGACAGCGGCAUCAACUAUCAGUGGACAGAUGGCAGUGACACAGUGUACACACACUGGGACUCAGCCGAUGACGACGUUGUGAUGGGAGAGUGUGUGUUCAUGGACGAGAGCGGAGGCUGGCGGCGAGCCGACUGUGAAACUCCGCUGCCAGGAGCCCUGUGUCAUAUCCCCCCGCCAAGCAGUAAACCAUUUGUCUCCUAUGAGCUCGUGUGUCUCUCCUCAUGGGUGAAAUUUGGACAUGGCUGUUACAACUUUGAGCCGGUGGUGCAGAAACUCACAUUUGAAGAGGCAAGAGAGCACUGCAGACAUAGAGUCAACACUUCAGAUGUCCUGACCAUCGAAAGUGAGACGGAGAACCGUUUUGUUCUGGAGCAGCUCUGGUCGUCAGGAUACCUCCACCAGUCCGUGUGGUUGGGGAUAUACUUCAACAUUGACACUGACUCUUUGUCCUGGGUGGACGGUUCACCUAUGGACUACACCAACUGGCCUAACAAGGCCCCGGACUCCAAGCUACUGACUGCAGACGCCUGUGUCACCACCAGGGUGGUUGAUGGUUUGUGGCACCUGUCACAAUGCAACGAGCGGCUCGGCUUUGUCUGCAAAACCGUCUCAGAAGAAGUUGCAGAGGUGGAAGUGGAACCCAUAAAUAGUCUUCAUCAUGGAAUAAUCCCGGCUGCGGUAUUGGUGGCCGUGCUGAUCUUUGCCCUGCUGGCAGGAGCGAUGUGGUUCAUGUACAAGAGGAACGCUUCUCGAUUUCAGGGGCUCCCGACUCUCGGCAACGCUUAUUACAGACAAACCAGCUCGCAGGCUACAGACUCAGAUGGAAAUGUGCUGAUCACAGAUCUGGAGGCUCACUCAGGAGAAUAACACGCAACGUAUCUGCAUCUUUCUAAAGGGUUCUCACCGUUUCACCGUCAGGUUCGAAUGCCACGCGACACUGUAAAGCACUGUGACUCUGACUCCUCAGGACAGUGGUGAGAUGAUGAAGGCAAACAAUAGGUGUCCUCAGUAAUGAGAUUGUUUUUCAAAGGAAUUUCUCUCUAAGUCAUUCAAAUGUUUUUAAUGAGACAGAUUUUUGUAAAGGUGUUUUUGUGUGACACUGAAGAGCCCGAUUGAAUUCUAGUUGAACCAAGUUCUCAUUUAUGAACCGGCUGAAGAGACAGUAGGUACGAGGCAUUGAUGUCAUUAUUCUCUGGUAUGAGGAUUUAUAGGCUAAUAAUAAUAAUGAUAAUAAUAAUAAUAAUAAUAAUAAUAGGUAAACAGUCAUCAAGUACAAUAUUUUGGUUGAUAAAGUUUUACUUAAUAAGUUUUCAACUGGUGAAGGAAAACAUUCAUCUCCUUGUCAUGGUCAAAAGUAACUUUCUUAAUUCAAAUAAGAAGCAGAUUCAUGACCAAAUAGAAUUUUUUUUUUAAAUAUAACUUUGUACAUUUCAUUCACAAUUCAGGAGUUGUUGGAGCUGCACAUGUGGUGCAGCAUUCUUGUCAGUAUUACUUUUGUAUUGUUAUUGUAUUUUUUCUAAGUAUAUAUGCUGUAAAUUGAGGUUUUCUUCUGUAUGUUUAUAACUAUUGGAAUAUGUCUAAGGCUACAACUGAGGAUUGUUCUGUCUGCUGAUGCAAAGCGUGUUGUUAGAUAUUUUUAUUGCACAAUUUUCCUUGUGUUUUAAUGAGUCAAAGUGAAGCCUUACAAAUUGCAUGAGGGAGGAGCUGAAGAAAUGAGGGAAAUCCUUGUGGAAUCCCCCGUAAAUUCCCUUCUUCAGUAAGUCAAAAACAUACUUCUUCAAAUGUGAUUGGGCUGGCAGAGUACUUCCACUUUGUGUGUGGUCAUAAUUUCCUCAUAGAAUAUUCUUAUUAUAUAAUAAUAAUGAGAUCAAAGAUUUCAUGAUGUAUUAAUUUCUAACUUUGCACUCCCUUUUCCCCUCUAAAGCUCUGCAGGCCUACUGUUUGCAGUGUUGGCCCAUUGCCUACAAUGUAUGAGUUCCAAUAAAUACUGAUAUGAAAUACUU